UAUUUAGCAUUUAUUAAAGAUAAACAGAGGAGCUAGAUAGAAUACGGAGAAAAAAUAUAAAUUUUAAAUAGAAGAUGUAUUAAAGUAUAUUAAAAUAUAAGAAAAAGAAAAAAUCAAGACAAUCACAAGUUAAAGAAAACGAAGCCAAAAAUAGUAUAAGCCAAUUAGCUAAAAUUUACAUAUUAAACAUUAAUAAUAAUUAACACAGAAAGCAAUAAGAAAAACUAAUACAAACAAAUUAAUAUAUGCAAUAAAAAUUCCUUUAAAUAAACCUAUUUACAAACUUCAAUUAUAUUCUGUUUCAAUAAAAAAUACAAUAUGUAUAUUAAAUCGCGUGUUUGAAAAGUUCAAUAAAUAACUAAAAAGUAUUGAUUUUGCUAAAGUGUAAUAGAAAAGCAGAACACAAAACACAAAUUAUUACAAUAAACGGAAACAGGAAGUUGCACAGCAACCAUUUAUAACAAAAAGAAAAAUCGAGGGAAAAGUUACGUGUUAAUAAGAUUCACUCACCCGCAAGACAACGCAAACCUACAAACAUCAAUAAUACUUCAGGUGGCAGUAAUUCAAUUUAAAGUCAAAGAACUUAUCUAUCAUACAACUGUUUACUUUAAUAGUAAAGGUAAUAAAAGAGUCUUAAGGACAAUAAAAAGUAACAACAUUGAAGCAUCGAGCGAUUAGCAACCUUUUUUGAGCAAACGUAUUAGAUAAAGCCGCCAAAACGCCUUAUCACACGAAUAUGGAACGUAAACUCUUAUAUGCCUUUCGGGGCUGGAUAGCAUUUGUGGCUUUCAUGGAUUUGGGAACUGCUUUUCGAAGUUACAUAGAGCGUCGAUCAUUUCUAGAUCAUGCAGAUACACAAUUUAUAGAAGGUGAUUAUACUGUAUCUCGCAUAAUUGGCAUGUACUGUCUGCUAAAAGCAUUAGCAUUGGUUCAUUGUACUCUGUACAUACAUUAUCGGCCAGUGGUCAGCAUGGGUGGCUGUUCUUUAGCUUUGACUAUGAUUUUAUAUUUGACUGAAGCUUUGUAUUUCCGUUCAAGUACAUUGAAUUUCUAUGUCAUCUUUCCCUGUGUAUUGAAUUCAAUAACAUUACUUGGUUUAAUUUACAUACCAAAACGUUUACGACUUUGGGAGCCAAAUAUCGAUAUGGAUGAUGAAAAUUCACAAUUAUUAAAACAAAUGACUGGCUUCAAACGCAGACGAGCUAAGAAAACACAAUGAAUGGUUUAAAGCGCCUAAAUAAAUUAUGAAAAUUGAUGUUAAUUAUAGAAACUUAAGUGAUAUUUAUACGAAUAUUGAAAAUGAUUUAACUGAUAAAACACAAUAUUGCCUUUGGUUGUGCAAGGAGUUUUAUAUUUUUUUAGAAUUCAUUUCAUAUAAAAAUUACCAAAAGAACAUUUACUUGGCACCUUUUGCAAUAUUGUGUUUCUAUUGCCACGAAACCCCCCUUAAACACACAGUAUUGUCCAAAAAACGUAUACAAAUAGAAUUGCACUAAUUUUUAUUAUAAACUUUACAAACAAACAAAAAUUAUCUUAUCACACCGACAAAAAAAGAAAACAAACGUUUGCCUACAUUUACAACAAAUAAAAUCUUCUAUUUUUAUUAAAUCAUGCCAAUACUUCCGUUUUCAAAGUUUAUAUUAUAAAAACAAUUUACUGAUCUUUAAACUAUCUACAUACAUAUGUAUGUAUCAAGGCUUAUAUUUGCUUUAAUGUUUGAUUAAUUGAAAGUAGUUGCUAGAUUUUAAUAUUUAUGUUUAUCAAUUUGUAAAAGAAUUCAAAAAUAAAUGUUAUAAUUGAUAUUCUAUGCAAUUUUUUAUAAGCAAUAAUAGCUAAUAUCUCAAUUAUAUAAUUAUUAAAAAUAAUAAAUAAACUAAAAACAAAUUAUAAUAAAAAUAAAAUAUCUUUUAUUUUACAUCAUAAAGU